UUUAUUUCUAGCACAGUUGUUAAAUAGUUUUGUUGUUUUCAUUUUUAUGUAAAGAUAUAAGAAUAUUGUUUGCACGUACAUGCUAAGAAACACAACAGCAGCACUGUCAUGAAUACACAGAAGCUCUAAGUAAGCUCAACAGCCAACUAAAAUAUAAAACAUGGCUGAUGUUUUUGAUUUUGAUGAUUUGGAAGUACAUAACAGUCAAAGCCAAAACAGAAGUGUAAAAGCAUUUGCAGACCAACGUCGGAAGGUGAAACCUAAUAGAAAGCACAUUGCCAGUCGUAAUCCAGUAAAAGUUUUACAAUCUCGUGACAAUGUGAAGAAUGACAUGUUUGAAGGGGAUAGUGAUGAUGAUGACGAUGAUGACGAUGAAGAUGGACAUGAGGAAAAGACGAAAAAUCAGGUUAAUGGAAUUAAAAGUGCGAAACAACCUCAGUUGAUUGGAAGACAUGGAGGAAUUAACAUUGGCAAAGUGAAAGAAAGAGAAGUCUCACUAGCAACUGAUGCAAAAAGAGGCCUGGAAAGUAAAGAAGACAUUCAUGGUGCAAGUCGUUCUUUACGUGUUACUGAAAAAGACAACAAGACCGGAGUUGGAACUGAAAAAACAAACCCGUACGAUGGUGUUAAGGAUGUUAUGUUUUUUCACAUUAAAGGAGCACGACAUAUACAAACCCGUUUAAUUGAGCCGAAAACAGCAUCAAUGAAUUCUGGUGAUGUAUUUGUUCUUGUUACACCUAAAUAUGUGCAUCAAUGGAAUGGAAAGAAUUGCAGUAUUAUGGAGAAAGCUAGGGGCUCUGAAGUAUCUGCAGUUAUCCAGCAAUGGAAGGAACUCGGCUGUCAAGCUGUGACAGUGAAUGUGAUGGACGAAAACAGAGAAAAACCUGGUGUGAUGACCAAACAGUUUUGGAAGAUUCUUGGUGAUAAAAAAGACAUAAAAAAAAUAGAUGAUGUUUUGGAUGACAAAGGUUUUGAGAAAAGUAUCUUGACGUCAAAUAAAUUCUAUGAAAUAAAAUGUGACAUGCCUGAUGAUGAGGAUUCAGAGUGCUGGCUUGAAGUAAUAGAUGAAUAUUCUGGAAAAGUGCCAUCAAAAAAUUGGCUGGACUCUUCCAAAGCAUAUGUACUUGAUUUUGGUACAGAAGUCUACUCAUGGAUAGGCAGGCAUACAAAAGGUGCACCCAGAAAGAAUGCUGCUGAUAUUGGCUUGGAACAUUACAACAAAGGUUACAAAACAGAUGCAAAGGUUCACCCUUUCAAUCUGAAUGAAGAAAAUUCUCAAGUUUCUAAAAAAUCGAAAAGACCUGAAUGGUCAGUUUAUGGACGAAUGGCUGAAAAAACUGAAAAUGUUGCUUUUCGUAGAAAAUUCUAUGAUUGGCCAGAUCCAGUUGAUUUAAAAGUGAAAACAGUCGAAGCCAAAGUUCAUGCUCAAUUGACGAAAGAAUACAGUAAUGAACCAACUACUGCUAGCUUAUUACCUGUAUCAGGGAAAACGCUUGUACAACCCACUGAAGAACCGUUAAUGAUCUUAGAUGGAUCAUUUAUUGGUCGUGGUAAAGGUAUGCGCGAUGAAGAAACGUUAUUUAAAUAUGGUGUAACUUUGAAUGAAUUACAAAUUUGGCAGGUGUCUGGGAGUGCUUUUGAAGAACUUCCUAAAAACCGAUACGGUGUAUUUUACUCUUCAGAAGCUUACAUCAUCAAGUGGAACUUUCAAAUCUUUCGAACUGGUAUUCGACAUUUAAAAGGAGGGAAAUCAAAACAAGAUGAUGUUGGUAAAGAUCGUAUAUUCUUUUUCUUCUGGCAAGGUAAAGAUUGUUCAGCGAGUGAUAAAGGUACAGCGGCAUUGAUGACAGUUGAAAUGGAUACUGAGGAAGGACCACAGAUACCAGUUAACCAAGGUAGAGAACCACCUGCAUUUUAUCAAUUGUUUGAUGGAAAAAUGGUGGUGCAUGCUGGAAAGCUUUGUGACGAUGAUAAAUAUUCGAAAACACGUAUAUAUCAAGUUCGAAAUGAAGUGGAUGUUGAAACAGUGUUAAUGGAGGUACCAUUAUCUUCUGCUUCACUGCGUUCACGAGGUUCAUUUCUUCUUGCUGACGUAACAAAUAAAGUAUUAUAUGCAUGGCAUGGUAACAAAGCAACAUCUACCACGCAAGAGAGAGCUGUUGAAGCUGCAAAACAUUUUCGUGACAGGAUAUCUGAGCUACAUUCACGCAGAUUAAAGAUACGUGAAUUGUGUGAAGGUGACGAAGAUGACGAUUUCUGGGAUGCUCUUGGUGAUGAUUUCGACUAUAUGUCAUACUUGGGAGUAUCAAAACCGUUCGACUUUACACCGCGAUGUUUUGCUUUUGACAGUCUCCAUGGAUACUUCCAACACACUGAGAUCACCAGCACGGCGUACCACCCAGAUUAUAUUUGUCCCUUUCCAAUUAUCCAGCAAGACCUUCACGAACUUUCGCAACCAGGACUGGUUUUUAUUGACGCAAAACACAAAAUGUUUUUAUGGCAGGGAUGGUGGCCGGCUAGUGAUGACGAAACGAUCGAUGCUACAGGUCCAAACACACGGGCAGAAAAACAUAGAUUUGAUGUGAAUAGAAAGUUGGCAAUGCAGUCGAUCAAAAAUUACGCAGAAGAAAAAGGCCGAUCGUUGUCACGAGCUUUUAUCGUAUUCGCUGGUUGUGAACCGUUAGAAUUUAAAAAUCUCUUUCCGUGGUGGGAGGAGAGCGAAGAUAUUACGCAACGUCAACUUGAAGCAGGUCACAAGCAAGGCGAAAAACAAAAACUUAAUGUAGUUCUCUCACAGCUGGAAAAAGACGAGUACACGUUAGCUGAGCUUACUGCUACUCCUCUACCGGAAGGUGUUGAUCCAACUCGAUUGGAACAAUAUCUGAAUAAACCUGAAUUCAAGAAAUUAUUUGGAGUAUCUAAAGAUGAAUUUCCCAAACUACCGCGCUGGAAACAAAUCGAAUUGAAGAAAAAGACGUGCCUCUUUUGAAUAACUGUCUUAAGGCGUAGUUUACACGGUGUUGCUAUUCUGAAGAAGAAGGCGUAGUUUACACGGUAUAAAGGUUUUUAUUGUUGAAAAACCAAAGCUUGUUUACCGUGGAGAGUUCAGUUGCGUCAAAAAAUUGCAGUUCAAUUAUGGUAGUCAUAUCUCUUGUUCAAUUUCGUGUUUAUACAACACGACUCCAUCUAACUACUUGAUUGAUGUUUAGCUGAUCGAGAAAUAUAUUAGACUUUGUAUAAAUAAAAAAACCCUUAUUGAAUAAAGGGAUAUAUUUUUAUACGAACUUCGGAAGCUGUCCAUGCUUUUUUUUACAAGCAACUAUGUAUAAGCUACAUGAAGCUCAUCUUUUCUAAAACAACUAAUUACCUGAUAAGCUAGUAAAAUGAGGACAACAAGAAUUAUAAAAUGCUAAAAUGUUUCAAAAGUAGCAUGUUUAAAACAGAAGUCUGAUCUUGACUGAGCAAGCAAACACAUGAAUUUGGUCUUCCCAGUAAGUCAACAAGCAAGUAACAGUUGGGUCUGUUAAUACAGAAACUGAACUAUCAUUGAGCCUUAUGCAUAAUUUGUGUUGCUUGUAAAAAAAACCGUGCAUACAUUCUUUCAAUUUUUGCCACCUCGAAUCCUGUUCGAAUGAUUACCACAAGAUACGAGUAAUUUUACGUGACCGACAAGUAAUUUUACGUGGCCGACCAGAGUAAGUUACUUAUUUCUACAGAGUUUGUUCUCCAUAAUUUUCUCGUCAUUUGAAGUUUGACGAUAGAUUUUUUUAAAUGUUCAAAAUAGACGUUAUUGUUGUAUACUUUGUAUAUACUUACAAUUUUAUGAAAAAUCAACGAAUAUUUUUUGCUUGGGAAUAUUUACACUUUUCAGAGGGAUGGUUAAAAAUGAAUAUUUAUAAGAUGAUUUCAUGAUUCUCUAUUUAUUGUUUAUCUAUGUUCAAAUUCACCAGAAUAAAAAUCCAAUUUUACUCUAUUAAUUUACGAAUGUAAAAAAAAAAAAAAUUCAAAGAACGCUUAUAUUUCUCAACUUUCUUCGUAGAUUUCCCCAAAGUUGUGUUUAAUCUCCUUACAGCUGCUUUCCCUAACAUGUUCCCCUUAAACGAUAAAAGUAUUUACAUUGCACCCAAGGUGGAGUGCUUUAUAUAUCGUUCUGUAAAUUCUUCUAUUUUGCUUUCGUUGAUUUUAUUUAUAAAUUAUUUCAAGUAGUCUUGUAGGAGGCUUUUUUUCAAGAAAAUUAUUGUUCUUUUA